GUGCAAGCUCCUGACCCACUCAGACCCUUGGUUCGCGCUAAGCAGUACAUUACGCAGUUCCAAUUAUUUCAUAUUACAAAGUAACGUUUUUGCCUAUGUGCUACUGGCCGUAGACGUUUACGUAAAGCAUGCGUUCACGACAGGUAGCUAGGGACGCUAAACCAACCGCUCAGCAUGAAAAGGACUGACUCUUCUUUAACCUUUUGGACUUCCGUUGCUAUUAUCUUUCAUAAUCAUAGAGUACGUAUUCUUCAUUGAAGUAUCUUGCCUGCGUUGCUGUCCCUUAUUACUGCUGGUGUCCGGCCAUGGUAGCUUCCUUCACCACUCCUGCCCACUAUUUUGGCACUGUAGAAAUCUUGUAAGCCUCAUCGUUGAUGGGACAGUGUUGAGUGCUGAUCUGGGCGGUUAGACUGCAAAUGUCCGAGUCACAAGGAGGAAGCCAGUAUUCGGGUCAGGGAACCAAAGGCCCUGGCCUGAAGCUGAAGCUUAAAGUUGGGGUUCCUGCGCCAGGGCGUCCUGCUGCCCCAACGACCAGCGGACAAGAUGGUCCUCCGGUUGCGACAGGUCCAUCUAGCCAAGCUCCCCAAGCCCCGCCACCGGUGAAUAAGAUACGCUUGAAGCUUGCAAAAUCUAUGGCUGCAGCGGCAGCGGCUGCAGCCGCAGCAGCGGCGGCUUCGGGGCAGGGUGCGGCAUCCACCGCUGCAACAAACUCACCACCACAGACAGGCGGACCGCUGAUUGACGCCGGGCGCAGCCAGACUCCCACCAGAACCGCAUCACCUCCACUACACAGAACGUCUCCACCUGCAGAAGCACCGCAACGAGCUGGCCUUGUCGCAUCUGCUCGCCCAUCCAGCCCUCCUGCUCCAUCCUCUGCCGGAACUGGACGCCUCAAACGACAUCGGCCAAACGUUGACCAGGCCGCCGAUCCAGACGAGCUGAUGGAUGACGUGGACGAGCCAGCUCCCCAGGGACUGCACCGCUUGGCACCAGGGCGCGCAAGUACGACAGGACUCGCAGCCAUGGCCAGCAGCCAACUCCAGGGAGGAGGCGGCCCAGCUCAGACCACCAACGCCGGCCUUGAGGACUUAGAAGACGAUGAGGACGAUCUCGGACCUCGUCGCGGCCGGCAAGCCAACCGCCUGCGUAAGGCCGCGCGUAUAGACGAUGAGGACGAGGAGCAGGAUGAGCAGCAGCAGCAGGGCCCUCCAGCGGCUUUGCAGGCAAGCGGCUUAACACAGCCGCGGGGCCCCCCCGUGCCUCCCUCCCGAGGCGCCACACCUCCGGUGUCCCGAGGCGUGACGCCCUCAACCGCCGGUGCUGCGGCUGGGCGCCAGAGCGCUGCAAGGUCCUCAGCCUCCCCUGAUACCUCCCCCCCUUCCACCGGCGCACCCUUCAGACCGCGGCCUCUGGCGGCUGCGGCGCCGCAGGCGCCGCCUGCAAGACAGGCUGGUGCUGGUGCUGCCGCUGCCGCUGCCGCUGCCGCUGCAGUACCCCCAGGCGUCAGCGGCAGCCGAGCUGGCCGGGUCCAGCCGUCAUCCAAGCCGGCGACGGCUGCCAAGGCAGCGCCAGCAGCAGCAGCAGCAGCCAGCACCCGCAGCGGUCGCAGCCGCAGGCCCGCCAAGCAGUUUGGAGCCGAGGAGUACGACAGUGAUGAGCUGCCGGAUGGGGGUGAUGCGUACGGCAAUCGUGGACAGGACGAGCGGGAUUUUGAGCUGGCACCAGGGGAUGAUGACGAGGAUGAUGAUGAGGAUUACGUGGAUGAUGACGACGAUUACCUGGAUGACGAGGACAGGGGGCGAGGUGGUGCUGCUAGGCAGCGACGCGGAGGAGGUGGGGGUCGUACGGCAGGAGGAGGAGGAGGCAGAGGAUUCGGCGGCGGGCGUGGUGGCGGAGGCGGCGGCAGCAACUGGGCCAUGCGCGAGCGGGCGCUAGGCGGCGACCCAGAUGGAGUGCCGUACGACACGGAUUUCUCCGCGCUGCAGCUCAAGCCCGACCACAGUAACCGGCCGCUGUGGGUGACUCCGGACAACCGCAUCUUCCUGGAGACCUUCUCGCCCAUCUACAAGCAGGCGUACGACUUCCUCAUCGCCAUCUCUGAGCCCGUGUGUCGCCCGGAGGCCAUGCACGAGUACCAGCUGACGCCGCACAGCCUGUACGCGGCGGUGUCGGUGGGGCUGGAGACGGAGACCAUCAUCAGCGUGCUCAACAGGCUGUCCAAGGUGCAGCUGAGCGAGGAGACCAAGGCCUUCAUCCGCGACAGCACCGCCAACUACGGCAAGGUGAAGCUGGUGCUGAAGCAUAACCGCUUCUACGUGGAGUCGGGCUACCCGGAGGUGCUCAAGCGGCUGCUGAGGGACAAGGUCAUCCAAGAGGCGGCAGUGGGUGGCGGCAUCAUCCAGCGCAGUCGGGCCCUACGUGAGCAUGCGGCGGCCAACAUCACCACCGCAGUAGACCUGGCGGAGGAACCGACAACUGCCGCUACAGCUGCUGACGGCGGCGGCGGAAAGGGAGUUGGCGGUGGUGGAAAGGGCGGUGGCGGAGGUGCCGGCUGGGGCGGUGGCAAGGAGACGGCGGACGUCGGCGCCGGUGGCAAGGGCUGGAAGGGGG